CAGCACUAUCACAUGAAUCUGGACUACAGUUGAUGUGAAAAAAAGUUUUUCAGGUUUGCUUAAAACGCUUUUUUUAAACCUCUUUUGCUUUAUUUUCCCUUUCGCUUAAAUGUGGUUGUCUUUUUGUUUAAAAUAAGACCUUGCGGAGGAUAUUAAACCCUCGACUCCGAGCUUUUCCCGACUUCGCUUCCACCAAGUUAAUUUGCAGGAGUGGAGAAAAACGGUCUGGCUGCUCGAAGAACUGAGUUUUGUUUUGUUUUUUUAUUUGGGGGACUUAAGUUGCCAACAUGGACGCGCACCACGGCGCGCCCCCGGCCGGCCAGCAGAUCGUGCACGUGCGCGGGGACUCUCAAACGGAGCUCGAGGCCCUGUUCCAUGCGGUGAUGAACCCCAACAAGACCUCGCGACUGCCCGCGUCUCUGCCCAUGCGCAUGAGGAAGCUCCCGGACUCGUUCUUCAAACCGCCCGAGCCCCGCGGCCACUCCAGACAGGCCAGCUCAGAUGGAGGUGUAUGUGGUUCCCUUACACCUCAUCAUGUCCGUGCCCAUUCCUCGCCUGCCUCCCUCCCAGUCAAUUCGCUGUCUACUCAAGCAACAGGCGUAGCAGCAGCACAGAUCAUCCCUGACGACAUGCCGCUCCCCCCUGGUUGGGAGAUGGCUAAAACACCAACCGGCCAACGUUACUUCCUAAACCAUCUGGAUCAGACAACUACAUGGCACGACCCUCGUCUUUCCCAGCUUCAAUCAAUGGCAGCCCAGCAUCCUAUCCCUAGCACUCCAGUUUAUCCCCACACCCUUACCAAUUCAACCUCUACUACACAAAGCCAAAACAACGUCAACUCGGAAACAGGUCCACUGCCUGAAGGCUGGGAACAGGCUGUCACUCCGGAGGGAGAGGUGUACUUUAUCAACCACAUCAGCAAGACCACUUCAUGGCUUGACCCACGUCUAGCCCAGAAGGUGAAUCCUGGCCUUAUUGGCAUGGCAACACAGCAAAGGCAGGACAAAGAAAGGCUCAGAUGCAAACACCAGGGCCUCCCGCAGCCUGUCACAGCGCAGGAUGCAGGAGGAAGGAACCAGCUGCCCAGUGGCAUGGACCAUGACAGGAAUGCACAGAAGCUUGUCCCACCUCUUGAUGUAAGACUCAGAACCUCCAACCAUGAGCCUGCACUCAACGGUGCUCACUCUCGCAAUGAGAGUACAGACAGUGGUCUGAGUGUCAGCAGCUUGCCCCGCACAGCAGAACACUUGCUGAACACUGUGGAACACAUGGACACUGGUGACUCUGGGGAGACUCCCUCAAUCAGUGUGGAGGAGACGAUGUCUGUGCUACCCAUGACUGAGGGGGAGGAGCUAAUGCCCUGCAUCCCAGAGGCUCUAAGUUCUGACCUUCUCAUGGACAUGGAGAAUGUUCUCUCUGGAUCACAUAUGGACAAAGACAGCCUGCUCACCUGGCUAUAGGCACACACAGAAACAUAAACCCUGACUUUGGUUUUAGAUGAGGCCUUUACAAUGCAACUGAGAUUUGGACGCAAAUGGUACAGAACAGCAUUACCAGUGGAAUACACUACUGUUGUGUGAUGGAUGCCCUAACAUUACUCUUUAGUGGAAAGUGGAAACUGUCCUUCUGUUUGGCCUCAAUUUACUGAGGUGCGUCUCAGGGCAUUAUAAUAAAAUGAUUUAUAUAGUGUAUUCCCUCAGAUUAUUCCAGUUACCAGCCUAGGAUGAUGCUGUCCAGUUCUAGAGUUAGGUGUUCCAUAAAUUAAUUUCUGCACCUUGUCCUGCACCUGGUGCUGCCAUCUUCCCUUAACGGGGCAAUGAAAUCUUCAAGCAGUAAGCCGUGUAAUUCUUCCUGUUAAAUGCCUUUUACUCUCUUAAUUAAGCUAUAUUAUUACAUUGCUAUAUUAUCUGCUGGGUUGUUUCCUCACUAUUAUGUCAAAAGUGUAUCUAAAUUCUGAGUUAUAAAUUAUUUGGAAGAGUAUUUCUUGUAACUAGCAUCUGUGUGUGGAGAGGGGAAGACUUCUCUACAAAGCUAAAGAGCAGCAAGACCAAUGUGUAAUCUUUCCAAAUAAAGGUACUGUGAGCCUUUAAAGACUAAUAGCUCAUACCCACAAUGCAACAUUUUAGGCCAAUAUAGUAUCCUAUUUAUCUUAGCAUGCAUGACACUAGCUACGUGUACUACAUAUAAUGUUUAUCAUUCUACUUACCAUCUUUUGUUGAAGGAAAUCAGAUUUAUUACUAGAUACUAGGCAGACCCAUUGUUUUGUAUGUAUUUGUUUAUGCAUGUGCUUUAUAUGGAUAUAUUUACUCUUCACUGUAACCAUUGUGAAAGAGUUUCUGUUUAAUAAACUGCCCAAUAUUCUUU